ACCCGGGCCGGCCCCGCCUCGCCUCAGCCGCCGCCAUCUCGUCAGCGCCACCCGGCCGCGGCCCCGGCUCCCGUCCUGCCGCCGGGCACAGCUCGUCUGAAUUUGGGCCCUACAUGAGGCAAAUGGAACAAGCAGCACAAUUUGCCGGCAAUAUCCUGUGAUACUAACCGUGAAAGUCAUCAGAGAAGGAGACAGCAAAUUCUGUUGAAAAGAGCUUCUGGCAUGAGAUGAGCUCCUAGGGUGUAUUUGUAAUUGAUGUAGUGGAGUGCUUAGACUUGUGGCAAUGCUACAUUGACACUUCACUGAGCAGAAUGAAACAAUUCUACUAAAUGGAUCAACUUUGUUUCUGCCUGUGCCUGACCUUUGAACGGGAGGGGAAAAGCCUGACAUUCCUGAAAAUGGCAACUGAGACAUCCGCAGAAGUUCCGAAAACUGCUAGGCAAUUCGUCCUUAAAGAAGAGGUAAUUGUAGAAAGAAAAUGGUUGAAGCUUGAGGAAACAACUUAUACUGAUCCCAAUGGUAAAACCAGAACUUGGGAAACCGUAAAGCGUGCUGGCAGGAAAAAGGGAGUUUCAGCCGAUGGUGUAGCAGUGAUAGCUGUACUACAGAGAACUCUCCACUACGACUGCGUUGUCCUAGUGAAACAGUUCAGGCCUCCAAUUAACGGCUACUGCUUAGAAUUUCCUGCAGGCCUCAUUGAGGAAAACGAGACUGCAGAAAGUGCUGCAUUGCGAGAGUUGGAGGAAGAAACGGGGUACAAGGGGGAAGUCGUUGAAUGUACUCCAGCUCUCUGCUUGGACCCAGGUUUGUCAAACAGCACAACGCACAUUGUGAGCGUCACCAUUAAUGGAGAUGAGGCUGAGAAUACAAGACCUAAGCAAAAACUUGGUGAGUUUUCUACCAUUUAUAUAGAAAUUCUUAGAAGAUAACAGAACUU